AUGGAGACAUUGUUGCCAUCGGAAGUUGCAAGGCUUGUUUUAGGUUAUCUGCAAGACAAUUGUGAGGAUGCUGCAAGAAUUUUUUUAGAGCAGUCAUCUCACCUUGCUGAAUGUUUGGAACUUGCGAAGCAAGGAAGAAAAUACACUACCAAAGUUAUGGGGAACAGCCUCAUUGACUUGCUGCAGGAAUACUGUGCAGUUCAUUGCUUAGUAUCUGAGCGCUCACAGAAACUGCCCGAGAAUGCAGCAGAACAGUUGAAACAGAGUGCUAGUUUGGUGCAAAAACUGAAAUUUUUGAUAGAUGCGUCAAAGUCGGGCCAGACGUUUCUGCUUAGUAUUACAGUUCCUUCGCAGGGUUCGGCUAGCCAAACAGGCAGCACACCGGCUUCAUCUGGACGAUCAAAAUCAUGGUUGCAGUGUUCCUCAGAGCGUGCAAAACGUUCGGGUGUACGGAGCCAGAAAUCAAAAGAGAAGGACGACAAAUCUGUAAGGAGGUCCAGCAACAACAGUGUGGAAGCAACACCUCUACAUAGCCUACCUGGCCUGUCCCCGGCUGGCAAUUGUUGGAACAGUUCAAGGGACCGAGCAGACAGCAAUGAUGAUCAGGCUGAUGCUCCUGGUUGUUCACCAUCCAGUUGCUCUACACCAAGGAGGAAGGGACCACCACCUAGGAAAAAGCUAAGUCCAUCACUGAGUAAGCUGAAGAAGACACAUUCAGAGGAAAAUGAUUCAAACGAAAGUGUCGAUAUUGCACUACUGCAACAAGCACUUUUGGAGAAUAAGCAGCUGCAUGAAAAAAUAGCAGAGAAUAUUAAUAGAGUUAUGAGGAUACCCAGUGAUGGUCCUUCAGAAUCUCAGCUUCCAGUAGCACCUCCCCCGGAAAGCCUGCCAGUACCAUGUGAUGGCAUGAUGAAUGAACUGGAUCACGCUAUUAAGACCAUUGUACAUCAAACUGAACAGGACCCUUUGUUUGAAAGUUUUCUUGAAGAAAUACUAGGUCCUAUUGAGGAGGAAGUCAGCUCAAGUCCAGCAGCUGGUGACUGCGAGAGCGACACAGAGGAGACUGGCAGCGGCAGCCCCCACCCCCGUGAGGCGGCAGCAGAAGAAGAGAGCCUGAACACGCCACGGACUUCCCAUUCCGUGGAUGAGGAGUCGACCCCAGCCCCAGGAGAGGUGCCGCUAAAGCAGAGGCUUCGCAGUGCGCGGAACCGCAUCUCAGAUGGCUCAUUGCCCACUCCGUCUACCCCCUCUGCGCACGGAAAUCUUAGCUUGAGAUUGGCUGCUGAGAGUCACGAAAAUGAAGCCCCAUCACCAGCAACAAAGGAACAGAGGAAGAAAGAGAGCCUGCUGGAAGAACAAAAUGCUGCAGCUAUCCAAAGCAUAAUAACAGCAAACAUUGAGAAAACUGUCGAUGACAGAUCCAAGACUGAUCUUGAGAAGGAAGCUAAUAUUAACGCUGACACACAACAACUUACUGGCACCCAUUCUACAGAGAUCAGAGACACUGAAAGUGCCGAAUCUCAGCCAGUUGUCAGUUCUCACUCAGCGAAUGCAGAAGCAGAAAGUAGUGUCAGAGAUGCAAGUGUAAAUCCUGGGCAGGAUUAUGUGACAGAAAUAUCUGUGCCAGAUAACAGUAUUGCCUCAGAGGCUGCUGCAAACAGUAGUUCACAACUACAUGUGAAUUACUCAGGAAGUAAAGAUACUAUUUCUGGAGGUAUCCCCAGUGAAUGUCAAGGACCCCCUGUUGGAGUUGUGAGGGCAGUCACAAGCCACUGCAAUGAGGGCAGUGCUGCAGUCAACAGCGGUGCCAUGUUUGGCUCGGCAGCAUCAGUCACUGUACCAGUUUCAAUACAGCCAUCGUGCAUUUGGGAGACAGUUACUCCACCUGAGAAGCAUAUUUUAGUUGGGAAUGAACUCUCAACACCCAGGCUUGAAAUGAACUUAAAGGAACCUGCUGAGUUUCCAUCACCAACUCACAAUUUGGCACAUAUGCAUCAUACAUAA